UUUAAGUUUUAAAAGUUCAAAAUCAAUCAUGUCAGCAGGCAAAAACUGUUAUUCCAAGUUCAUAAAGCUUUUCUCAAAGGGGGGCACGACCUACAAGUACUUUGACCUCGCCGCCAUCGACAGUAAAUAUGGUCAGCUGCCUUUCUCCAUUCGAGUGCUCUUGGAAUCGGCGGUGCGCAACUGUGAUGGCUUCAACAUUUUGAAGAAGGAUGUCCAGAACAUCCUAGGCUGGUCGCCUGCCCUUAAACAAGGCUCCACCGAUGUCGAGGUCUCCUUUAAGCCAGGCCGAGUGAUUCUUCAUGACUACACUGGAGUUCCAGCAGUGGUGGACUUGGCAGCCAUGCGGGAUGCCGUGGUGGAACUGGGCGGCAACCCCGAAAGUAUCAACCCCGUCUGCCCCUCAGUCUUCGUGGCUGACCACUCUGUUGCUGCUGACUUCGCCCGGUCUCCGGAUGCAAUGGCCAAGAACCAAGCCCUGGAGUUUGAGCGCAACAAGGAGCGUUUUACUUUUAUUAAGUGGGGCGCCCAGGCCUUUAACAACCUGAUGGUUGUCCCACCCGGAGCAGGCAUUAUCCAUCAAGUGAACCUGGAGUACUUGGCGCAUGUGGUCUUCGAGGAAGACGCCGCCGACGGUUCCAAGACACUGUACCCGGACUUUGUCGUGGGCACGGACUCCCACACCACCAUGAUCAAUGGCAUCGGGGUCCUGGGAUGGGGAGUGGGCGGCAUAGAGGCGGAGGCCGUGAUGCUUGGCCAGUCCAUCGCCAUGAUGUUGCCAGAGGUGAUUGGGUUCAGGUUGGUGGGAACGCUCGGGCCACUGGCCACGUCUACGGAUCUCGUGUUGACUAUCACCAAGCAGCUCAGAGAGCUGGGAGUUGUGGGCAAGUUCGUUGAGUUCUACGGCCCGGGAGUGGCAGAGCUCAGCAUCGCUGACCGGGCCACCAUCAGUAACAUGUGCCCUGAGUACGGAGCCACUGUGGCGUUCUUCCCCAUCGACGAGAAUACCUUGGACUACAUGAGGCAGUCGAAUCGCUCAGAGAAGAAAAUCGACAUUAUUCGAGAUUAUCUUAAGGCCACCCAACAGCUGCGAAACUACGCUGAUGACUCCCAAGAUCCGAAGUACACCCAUACCAUAACCUUGGACUUGGCAACUGUUGUUUCCUCCGUGUCUGGACCCAAACGUCCGCACGACCAUGUCCCCGUCUCCGACAUGCCGCAUGACUUCAAGUCCUGCCUGUCCAAUCCACUGGGCUUCAAGGGCUUUGCUAUUGCUCCGGAGGCUCAGAAAGCUUCUGGGGAACUGCAGUGGACCGAUGGAAAAACCUACAAGCUGAGCCAUGGAUCUGUAGUCCUUGCCGCCAUCACGUCCUGCACGAACACCUCGAAUCCCUCGGUGAUGCUGGGAGCAGGUCUGUUGGCCAAAAAUGCGGUGGAAAAGGGUCUUAACGUGGCCCCUUAUAUCAAGUCUUCCCUAUCACCCGGCUCCGGAGUGGUGACCUGCUACCUUAAAGCGUCUGGAGUGCUCCCAUAUUUGGAGAAAAUUGGAUUCGACAUUGUAGGUUAUGGUUGCAUGACCUGCAUCGGAAACUCUGGACCUUUGGACGAGAAUGUGGUCAACACCAUCGAGCAGAAUAACCUGGUCUGUGCGGGAGUAUUGUCUGGCAACCGAAACUUCGAAGGUCGCAUCCAUCCCAGCACCAGGGCCAACUACUUGGCCAGCCCCCUCCUGGUAAUUGCGUACGCCAUUGCCGGAAGAGUGGACAUUGACUUCGAGAAGGAGCCCCUGGGUGUGGAUGCCCAAGGAAACAAUGUCUUCCUGCACGACAUCUGGCCAACACGGUCUCAAAUUCAGGAGGUGGAGAACAAGCAUGUGAUCCCGGCCAUGUUCCACGAAGUUUACAGCACACUCGAACUGGGCUCCAAGGACUGGCAGUCGCUAAAGGCACCAGAAGGCAAGAUAUUCUCGUGGGACGUUGACUCCACCUACAUCAAGCGACCCCCGUAUUUCGAGGGCAUGACCCGGGAGCUGCCAAAGCAGCAGAGCAUCAAAGGGGCUAGGUGCCUGGUCUUUUUGGGAGACUUUGUGACCACGGAUCAUAUCUCUCCAGCUGGAACCAUUGCCAGAACAUCGCCGGCGGCCCGAUUCCUUGCAGAAAGGAACAUCACUCCGAAAUAUUUCAACUCGUACGGAUCGAGACGCGGCAAUGAUGCAGUUAUGUCCCGUGGAGCGUUUAGCAACAUUCGUUUGGGCAACAAACUGGUGUCGAAGCCAGGACCUCGGACCCUCCAUAUACCCAGCCUGGAGGAAAUGGACGUCUUCGAUGCUGCCCAAAGGUAUCGGAAAGAGGGAACACCCCUGGUCCUGGUGGUGGGAAAGGAUUAUGGCAGUGGCAGUUCAAGGGACUGGGCCGCCAAGGGUCCCCUCAUGUUGGGAGUUAAGGCAGUAAUUGCCGAGUCCUACGAGCGCAUCCACCGCUCGAACCUGGUGGGCAUGGGCAUCAUUCCUCUGCAAUUCCUGCCGGGCCAGAGUGCCGAUACCUUGAAGCUGAAUGGGCGCGAGUCCUACAACAUUAUUCUGCCGGAAAGUGGGUUGAAACCGGGACAGAAGAUCCAAGUUAAGGCUGAUGAAACCGAAUUUGAGACCAUUCUGCGCUUUGAUACCGAGGUGGACAUCGCAUACUUCAAAAAUGGCGGCAUUCUAAACUACAUGAUCCGGAAGAUGAUCUCUUAAAAGGAUUCCCUUUAAUUUCUACUUCAAUUUUUCUAAAUUAGUAAAUUU